ACUUUGCAUUUGGCAUGCUGUGCUGCAUCUAGAUAAUCGGUCCACACUAUGCAUCCCUCCUUUUUCUGCACUCUCACCUGAGCACAAAUCAAGUGUCCUGGGCCGACGCCCCGAAGAGAUUUGUUGCCACACGUAUCGAUCCAAAACGUCAGCGUGAACAUGGAGCCGUCGGCGGCGGCAGCUACGAGCAGCAGAAAGAAAAGAAGGAACAGUUCCCCCGCGGCACACGGGGAGGCCAAGAGGUUUAAAGCCGAGCGGGAAGAUGAAGGGGCGACGGCUACGACGGCGGCGGCGGCGUGUGCACUUCCCUCCCGUUUACCGAGGGUCUCUGUACCGCUCGACCGCCUCCAACAGCCGAUCACGCUGAACGAGCUGACGGAGCUGCUGCAUUUCGCCGCUCUGGGGAGAACGGGCGGCGUCAGUCAGCCCAGUUGGUGCCGUCUCCACCACCAGAAGAAUGUAAAAGGUGUGAACGUUGUCAUCGUGGAGGAUCUGAGCCAGAGUCACUUUUACAGACACUACCUCACCCUGCGACACCUCAGGACCAACUACAGCUCUAGGGUCACCUUCACUCCAUCACCUGACAACGUAGCAUCCGAAAUCUUCAGCAGUGAGGUUCCUAAAUCGGACUCCCUUUCCCAACUGCACAAGGAAAACAGUGAAUUACCCAAAGCGCUGAAGUAUCACCCGGUCAUCACCAAGUUUGGGACACAGAGGAGAGGACUGACGGCGUAUCUGCUCACCCAGGAGGAGAUGGUCGGCUCUCACUACCCCGUCAAAGGGUUGCCAGGUUUUGAGGAGUUUGCGAGCACAGAGAGUGUCGACAGCGUGACCGACAGCAGCCCUCUGUAUGGACUUGACUGUGAAAUGUGUCUGACAGAAAAGGGAAACGAGCUGACUCGUGUUUCUCUGGUGGACAGCGAUGGGAACUGUGUGCUCGACGAUCUGGUGAAACCCGAGACCCGCAUCCUCAACUACCUCACCAAGUUCUCUGGUAUCACCGCAGGGAUGUUGGGACCAAUCACAACCACCCUGGCGGACGUUCAGGCGAAGCUCAAGGCGCUGUUGCCGCGCGACGCCGUUCUGGUCGGGCAUUCGCUUAACUCCGACCUCAAGGCUCUGAAACUGAUCCACCGACUGGUGAUCGACACCUCGCUGCUCUACAGGAAAGAGUUUGGACAAAGGUUCAAGCUCAAGAUCUUGGCAGAGAUGAUACUGAGGAGGCAAAUCCAAACUGAAGAGGUGAUGGGUCAUAAUCCCAUUGAGGACGCUGUGGCAGCCCUGGAGCUGGCCCAGUACUUUAUCAGAACAGGACCUCGUCAGGUUGUGGAGAAUCAUCUGGAGGAGCUGUGGGGAUACACGAUAGAGGAGGAGUCCACCGAACCACCUGCACCCGAGCCAAGUCACAGGUUUGCUGACAUAUUGCAGACACUUGGCCGGUCAGUGGCCUUUUCGGGGAAGCGUUCUGAUGUAGCCCUGGAUCUGUCCAAUCAGCAGUGGCACAACUCCGACAAAGAGAUGUUGGCCUCGUUCAGGAGACAGACCAAGUGUCCGUUCCUCUCAGUGCUCCAGUUCUCGUCCUUCUCAGACCACCUGAAGCCGUGUGUUCUUCAGCGGCAGCAGCAGCAGAACCAGAGGGUGUGUGCCAACCUCCGCGACAUGUGUGCAGUAUUUGCUGGGCCGUUCCCCGCGGCUUUCACGGCGAAGGAAGUGAAGCGGCUUUUUCGUUGCUGUGGGCCAGUUCGGAAAAUCAAAAUGCUGAACACAGCUGUGAGGGUCCAUGCAGAGGUAGAGUUCAAGCUGCUCGAGGGAGCUAGGCUGGCUCUAAAAACUCUGAACGGAUAUAGUUUGCAGGGACAGUCCAUCAAGGUGCACAGGCCUGUUAAUGAGUCACUGCUGGACCUGGAUCUGACUCUUGAUGCUUUGGCGAGUGACCCUCUCAACGCCAGUCACCUCUACGCAGUUAAAUUAAAGCCCAGUGUCGCCGAGUGCGCCGGCAGCUCGGCAAAGGUCAACGGACGCACAUUAGAUUCACAGAGACCCGGUGCCACUUCUUCUAAAAUCACAAAUGGCUUGCACCCCGCCAAAGCGAGCGAUGACCUGUCUGAGGAAACCCUCAGAGAGACGUUUGGUCCCUUUGGAGCCGUGGAGAUAGUCGUCCUGCCCGCCAAACCCGGAAAACGGGCUACACACGCAUACAUAAAGUUUGGGAGUUCAGAGGGCCGACGCGCCGCCCUCAGCUCCUCUGAGCAUCUCCGGACAGAGGGCUAUGUCAUCUGUCCGUCCCUGACUCCGCCCCACUUGCCUUCAUGGGUCGCCCUGACAACGACCUCAGUGGUGGCUGAGGGGGAUGACGAGGAGAGCACCCACACCAGUUCUCAGGACCAGGAAGUGGAGCCCAUGAUGGGGAAGCUGGACCGCCGCCUGGGGAAGCUCUUCAGAUUCCUGCCGGACGACACCUUGUCUGUGGUUGUGCUGCUUGGAUGCAACAGUGCCAAUGGCCCCCUGCCUGGCUUGUGUUUUAUGGAGGUCAAGUCAGGCUCUCGAGGAGAAAAGUGAUCCAGCUCAAGAAACAAGCCUGACUAAAUAUCUUCCGCUCCAUCGAUUCCUCCUCCCGUGGCUCAUCUGAAUCAGAUGAAAUUAAUGAAGAUUAAAAGAGCAAAACAAAUAAAAACAUGAACCUUGUUUUAGUAAAACUUCCUUUUCACCAGUCUUGUAUUUCUUUACAGAAUGAUACUUUUGUUUUCUACAUGUAUGGAAAGUUGAAGUCUAAUGCAGUACUCAGUAUUGUUGUUUUUUUUUACCUGGAAACAAGCAAAGCUACAAAGUAGACUUUUGGUACAAAAUUAUUUUCAUAAAUGUUCACUUUUUUAAAUUUUAACUGCUAUUGGAAGCUUAGGAGUUUUUAAUUAAAAACAGCAGAUCUGUAAUAAAAUCUGCAAUCAUGUUUUUACUCCAGUUUUCCUUGCUUUUUUGAGAGUUUUGUUUUUAUUUAUAAAUUGCUGUUGUGUUGGAUUUAAGGUUUGUAAUUUCUAUCAUGUCGGAUGUCUUGUGCUUCCGUUGGAUUUUUGUUGUCUGACAAUUCUUAACAAAAAUCUAUUGGUCAGUCUUGACGAGCUUGUUGAGGAGGGCCGGCUAAGUGAUCUUUGACCACCAUCUUUGAAUAUAAAAUGUAUUUGCCUCCAUUAA